ACCUAAAAAAGUAAAAAACCAGUCAGGGACCGGGGAAAACACACAAUUCACAAAGGCAUUCGACGGAGAAUGGAAAAGAAGCGGAAGAGGAAGCAGCAGGUGAAGCGCGACGGAGAGCCAAAGCCCAAAUCGGUUCGUGCGGGUUCAACCCGAACCGACAAUGUGAAAGAUCCAUUUCCAUCUCACGCUCGACCCACCCCACAGGAAUGCGAAGCCGUGCGUGACACUCUCUUAGCCCUACACGGCAUUCCCCCGGAACUCGCCAAGUACCGCAAACUCCCACCGUCCGAUGAACCGGUCCAACUGCAGCCACCCGAACCGGUUCUCGACGGUCUUGUCCGAACCGUCCUCUCGCAGAACACCACCGAGGCCAAUUCCCAAAAGGCUUUCGCUUCCCUCAAAUCCUCCUUUCCCAGUUGGGAACAAGUUCUCUGGGCCGAGUCCAAGGACGUGGAGAAUGCCAUUCGGUGCGGAGGUCUAGCUCCGACUAAGGCUUCCUGCAUUAAGAACGUGUUGCGUUGUUUGCGCGAGAGAAGAGGUGAAUUGUGUUUGGAGUAUUUGCGGGACUUGUCAGUUGAUGAAGUUAAGGCUGAGCUUUCUCUUUUCAAAGGAAUUGGUCCCAAAACGGUGGCUUGUGUGUUGAUGUUCAAUCUUCAGCAAGAUGAUUUUCCUGUGGACACUCACAUAUUUGAGAUUGCAAAAACCAUGGGUUGGGUACCAGCUGUUGCAAACAGAAAUAAGUCAUAUCUUCAUCUAAACCAAAGGGUACCAAAUGAACUUAAGUUUGACCUGAAUUGUCUUCUGUAUACGCACGGGAAGCUUUGCCACCAAUGCUCCGGUAAAAAGGGUAACAAGCAAGGAAAGAAAUGUGACGAUAACUCCUGUCCUUUAUUGAAUUAUGAUAAAGACUCAGUUGAACUUUGAGCUGGGGAAGCAAAUUAUUUUUCAAUUAUUUGUUUCUCUAACUAAAUGAAGUCAAUAGGGGCACUCUAAUCUUGUAAGUUGUAAGUGUAUAGAAUACUACUAGUAUAGAGUUAGGCUGUUAGGCAGGAGAACCAAUUUUGAGAUUAGAUGAAAGAAAGGUCAACAAUUGUGAGCUAGUGCAUCAAGCACUUGUAGGGUUUGGGUUGCCUAAAAAUUGCCCAUCUUUAAUUAAUUCUGUAAAGGGAUCUUGCUGGAAAUGGAACAUUAUGUUUAUUUCUCUUCUAAUGGACAUUAAAUGUGUAGGACUUACUUAA